AAUAACUUUAACAGGAAACGUAACGGGUCUCAAAGAACAAGUAGGUCUGAAAGAACAAGUAGCGCUCUGUGCAGGUGAAAAGAUCCUGUUUUAUAGUCUACGCUGACAUAUAGUGCGUAGGUUGAAAAGACUCGUUUCAUUGGUUUCAUUUCAUGUCCCUCGUCGUUGAGAGGGGGUGGGAAGUAACGGCAUGGUCUACGUCUACACUCCUCAAUGGAUACCAGGAUUACUGUAUGUUACUGACAUCGUAUCUAUUUUAUCAGCAUUCAAACAGCGACAACUGCCUGACACCUCAAACAAAUGGAAACGUUGGGAAAACGCGACAACAUCACGAAUGUACUUUCACAGUCAUGUGCCGCCGUGUAAACAAUAACGUUAGUACCACAUCCCUUCUGGGGCACAACUUAAGGCUAACGGUAGCUCAGUUCUGUGUAUGAUAAACGCGGAUUAGGAAUUCGCUAUUUAGUGAAUAGCCUACUGUUUAUGUUUUUAGUGUUCGGCGUAUAAAUUAGAUGAAGGGACGUAGUGUUCAUUCGUUCGCGCGGUGAUUUUUGUCGCGAUAACGGAGGACAUAAACAGGACAGACAAAGGGCAUCGGCUCUUUGUUUAUAAACACCCAUCUUCCGUCCACAUCCAACCCAUCUCCAUUGAUGCACCCAUUUCAGUGGUGUAACGGGUGUUUCUGUGGUUUGGGACUGGUCUACUCCAACAGAACCUGCACCAUGCCCCCCAUCACAUUCCACGACCUGCCACUCAACAUCUACAUGGUGAUCUUCGGCACGGGCAUCUUUGUGUUCGUCCUCAGUCUCAUCUUCUGCUGCUACUUCAUCAGCAAACUGAGACACCAGGCCCAGAGCGAGCGGUUUGGAUAUAAGGAGGUUAUUUUGAAAGGGGACACUAAGAAGCUGAGUCUUCAUGGGACAUGUGCCGUGUGUCUGGAAGAUUUCAAGGUGAAGGAUGAUCUGGGAGUGUUGCCAUGCCAACAUGCCUUUCACAGGAAGUGUCUGGUCAAGUGGCUGGAGGUGCGCUGCGUGUGCCCCAUGUGCAACAAGCCCAUCGCCGGUCCCGCCGAGCCGCACCAGAGCUUAGGCACGCUGCUGGACGAGCUGGUCUAACCGCGGAAGCAACCGGAAAGAGACUGAGUAACAACACACAGGCAUCGUCAAGUGCCACAUCUGAUGCAUCUUUCUGCCAGGGUGGGGCCGUACUGUACGUGGGCGUGGGCCAGCCAAUCACCAGGCCUUCAUAGCCCCCCCGCCCCCCCCCCCCCCCUCCCCAUCCCCUUUCUGCCCCCCCCCACCCCCUGUGGCCCUCAGUAGGGGGAAACACCUCAGCCCCUUGCCUCACCUUCAGCACCGCAGCCUCUUCCUGAUGGUGAGAGCUGGGCGGGGGCUGGGGGGUCGCUCUUUAAGAUGACACUUCUACUCUGUGAAUGCUUGUGAGGGCUAUGAGAGAUGGGACUGUUUUCAACAGGGUUUAUAUGGGGGUCCCUGAGAGAGAGAGAGAGAGAGAGAGAGAGAGAGAGAGAGAUUAGGAUUGGAUGAAAGAUAAGUUCUCCCAGCUUAGGGUUCACAUCCACCGAACUUAACUGCCUUUUCAAGUGACAUUUCACACCAGAAGUGUAUGUAGUUUUCUCUGGUAACCCUGAGUGUAAGAAUGUUUUCCAUGUAUGUGAAACAAAUUGCUUUGUUGAGAUAUUGUGUUUCACCGUAACUUCACUUCCAUGUUAUAUCUUUUAAAAAUGUGUGUACACACACAUACACACACACACACACACACACACACACACACACACACACACACAUGUCACAUUCUAAUGGAAGUACUGGAUCCAUAUAAACAUGUACUGUAUUCACUUCGCCAUCUUUUCUCACUGAACUCAAGCCAUAAAGACACAAUCAGAUGUUUUCUCACUAGAUGUUUGUUCUUUUUUACUAAGUGAAAAUGUGAUAGAACUGCAGCAGCCUGGCACUUCACAC